UCGAUUAAACCCUAAAACCCUCCACUGAAGAGGCAGAGAGCAAACAAACGCAGUCUUUGCGAAAAUUUAAGAAAGGAGAAAAAAUGAGACCACCGAUGCGCGGCGGAGGAGGUUUCAGGGGCAGGGGAGGACGUGACGGAGGCGGUAGAUUCGGUGGAGGAGGAGGACGCUUUGGUGGUGGAGGAGGACGCUUUGGUGGUGGAGGCGGUCGCUUUGGUGGUCAGAGUAACGAAGGUCCUCCUGCGGAAGUCGUGGAGGUUGCAACUUUCGUUCAUGCUUGCGAGGGAGAUGCUGUGACUAAACUCUCACAUGAGAAGAUUCCUUAUUUCAAUGCUCCAAUCUACCUAGAGAACAAGACUCAGAUUGGUAAAGUGGAUGAAAUCUUCGGGCCUAUUAAUGAAUCUUUGUUUUCUAUCAAAAUGAUGGAAGGUAUUGUAGCCACCUCGUAUUCCCCUGGAGAUAAGUUCUUCAUCGACCCUUACAAGCUUUUGCCUCUCUCUCGAUUCCUUCCUCAGCCAAAGGGUCAGCCAGGAAGUGGACGUGGAGGUCGUGGAAGAGGUGAUGGCGGGAGAGGUAGCUUCCGUGGUAGAGGUGCUCCAAGAGGUAGAGGCCCUCCAAGAGGUAGAGGAUUUCCAUCACGAGGGGGUUCUCGUGGAGGCUUUAGAGGCAGAGGACGAGGAUAGAUUCUUCUCCUACUUGACUAGCUUUAUCCAAACUUGUGUACCCUUUGUUUUAUUAAUGACUGUCGUUUUCCCAGAUUCUCAAUUUUCAAGACUUUGUUUUAAUCUAUGGCUUAAAAAAUAUUAAAAUUGCAGUGA